AUGAUCCAAUCACAGAAGACACCCAUUAAGAAAAUCAUACUGGUUCUAGGAAGUGUGCUAGCGGCUUUCAUUUUGAUAUUGCUGCCAGUGCUCUACACAAGAAGGAAUUCCUGCAAUAAAGAAACCUGCAGCCAUGCAGAACACAUAAGCAUGCACGAGGAUGGAUGCAGCCAUGAGGAGUCUGCACAUGACGAAUGUGUGCUGUUGGUUCAAUCACGCCCACAUGUGUUUGAAGGCAUAUUCAUCCACAGAGCAGGGGUUUCUGCAGUGUAUGAGAAGGAAAACAUCAUUCCAAUCAGAUCACUUAAGACAGAGGAGAAGGUAAAGGCUCCAGUAGGCUUCCUUGGAAGAAUAAAGGGCUACUUUUUCAGAAAGUCCGAGGAGAAGGCUGAAGUUCCCACUGUUACUGCAGAGGAAAUGGAAAUCCAGCUAAACAACACCGAGAACAUUAUGUGGAACUACGACAAGCAGUUUGUCAAGGAGAUCAACAAGAUGAAGUCAAGAGAAAAGCAGAUGCUCAUUCUGGAGAUCAGAAGCAUGAUUCUGAACUUAUCAACAAUCCUUCCAUCCAAGCUUUCUCUGCUCGAUGACUCAAACAACCUCUUUUGGCUUACUGUAUACUGCUCUGGAGAUCUUUUGGUAGACUGGAUGGCAUUUACCUUCACUGUUGAGGAGCUGUCUGAGGUUAAGAUGAGAAUCGAAGAUCUCUUCAACUCCACCGAAGAGGCAGAAGUUCUUAGAAACAACCUACUUAGCAUAGUGCAAAGCUUUAUUACAAAGAUAGCUAGCAAGACUGGUCUUGGUGGAAAGAUAACCAAACAAAGAGAAAACGUUGCAACAAUUCUGCGAGACUACAAGGCCACCCAGAAGAUGGUGUGCGACAUUGAGGAGUCCUGCGAGACAGAGAAGCUUCUUUUAGUCCUGGACGCCCUGUCAUACCUCAUUCCAAUGACAGAGGAGUCAAACAAGGCCAUUUUACAGACUGUAAACAGAGUGCAAGAAAGAAUCUCCGGCCUGGCCCAGUCCAUUGCCCUGAGACAGAUGAACGACUACCUAAGCCUUACCAAGAAGUACAACUCAGAAAUCAUUGGCGCAAUCAAUGGAUACAUGAGAUUUAUUUCUGACUUUGAACAAUACAUUGGAGUCAACACCUUCAACACAGAAAACAUCAAGAACGUUGAAAAAAUGAACGAUUCCACAUUUGUAUACGACUUUAAGCCAACAGCCAGUGCAUCUGAGGUCAUCAAAGGAUCAAACAAGAUGAUCUCCGUUGCCAACAUUCUCUUCAAGCAGUACAUGCAUCUUCUUAGCGAGAGAGACACAGAGACAGACUACACACUAUUUAUUCUGGACGAGAAUGCAGAAGAGCCAGUAGUAAUCGCAGAGCUCAUAUCAGAAGAAGAACAAGAAGCAGUUUUAGUUGAAGAAGACAAUGAAUAA